CGUCAUCAGAAAGAGGGAGGAGUUUAGAGUUUGGAGGGAAGUGCUGUGAUUGGUUAGAAUGUUUUUCAGACUCGAGCCAAUGGGCGACUGACAGUCUCCUUUAAAUACUGGAACCAGAGACUCAUAAACAAUUUUCUACUUUUAUUUGAUUUGUUGAAAUUGUACUUCGAACUUCAUAAUGAGCGGCAGAGGUAAAACCGGCGGUAAAGCUCGUGCGAAGGCUAAAACUCGUUCAUCCAGGGCAGGGCUGCAGUUCCCCGUCGGUCGUGUGCACAGACUGCUCCGCAAAGGAAACUACGCUGAGCGUGUUGGUGCCGGUGCUCCUGUUUAUCUGGCCGCUGUGCUCGAGUAUCUCACCGCCGAGAUCCUGGAGUUGGCCGGGAACGCCGCUCGGGACAACAAGAAGACUCGUAUUAUUCCCCGUCACCUGCAGCUGGCAGUGCGGAACGACGAGGAGUUGAACAAACUCUUGGGUGGGGUGACCAUCGCUCAGGGUGGUGUGCUGCCCAACAUUCAGGCUGUGCUGCUGCCCAAGAAGACCGAGAAACCCGGCAAGACCAAGUAAACGGACUCCAGUCUGUUUAAACCCAAAGGCUCUUUUAAGAGCCACACACUUGAA